AUGUUUCGUUCGCGAGCUUUGAAUACAAGCGCCGAUGCGUUUGACUGCGAGAUCGAGACAUUAGAGUCUUGCGAAGCAAACUUUCUCACAAAUACCGCAAACAUCGCUAAGACUACCACUCAAUCAGAGAUCCUUCAGUCCUGUCAGUCAUUGGAUAAAGACGUGGACUGUUUGCUUGAUUUCCUCAACAAGUGUCCCGAUAUAGAAAAGAGCAGUAGUUUUACUAUACUUUCCUACAUCUAUGACAAGAAUCGAGAUAUUGUGGACACAUGUAAACAGCGGACGGAUGAAUGGCUCGACCCUCACCACCACUCUUACAUUAAUUUGAUAGAAACCAAUUCUGGGAUUUGUAUUCAAGCGAAAGAUAUUAAAGAAUGCGACCAACAAUUUGGUGACUUUGAUGUCGGACGAGAUGUUGUUCACAACGUUAUGGAAUGCAAUCAAUACAAUGCCUACAGAAAGUGCAUUAUAACGAUUGUCGAUAAAAGUCAGUGCAAACCACACGUUAAGAAGUUUGCCAUUCAAUACUUGGAAUCACGCGUAAAGUUUGCAAUCAAUUGUCAAACUUAUGCUAAGAUUUUUGACGAAAGUAAAGCAAAGGACAAGGUUUUAGUGGAGUCGGAGAUGCAAUCGGCGGUCGACGUUAUCCUCGAGACUCAGUGUAAACGCAAAGCUAAUCCACUGAUGCGUGUCUGCACUCAACAUGCGGAAAGGAUGAGGCGCUCAGAGUAUCGCCUAUUUUUGAAACAUUACGUCAAGUCUCGGCUCCUCAUGGAUGUGAUCCCUAUGAAUAUGGCUCACCUUCUUGUGAACCUAUCCUCACCUCUGGUGCCAACAGUUUAA